GCAAAGAUGGACCACUUCACAAAUGGUUACAAAGUCAUACCCACUUCUUCCACAGUGACCACAACAAAUGACCAAGCAUGAACUAAAGUGCCAGAAUUGAUUGUGGUGGGACAUCUUUCACUGAGAAAUAAGUAAAAUGGAACAUAAUGGGUCUGCUUCAAAUGCUGAUAAAACCCAUCAGAAUCGCCUGUCAAGUGUUACAGAAGAUGAAGACCAAGACGCUGCUCUUACCAUUGUGACUGUGCUGGACAAAGUAGCCACCAUCGUGGACAGUGUGCAGGCAAGCCAGAAGAGACUAGAGGAGAGACACAGGGAAAUGGAAAAUGCCAUAAAAUCUGUCCAGAUUGACCUGUUGAAGCUUUCACAGUCACACAGCAAUACAGGCUACGUCAUUAACAAGUUGUUUGAGAAAACUCGAAAAGUCAGUGCUCACAUUAAAGAUGUGAAGGCCCGGGUGGAGAGGCAGCAAACUCACGUGAGAAAAGUUGAAUCCAAGCAAGAGGAAAUAAUGAAGAAAAACAAAUUCCGUGUGGUAAUAUUCCAGGAGGAGGUUCGGUGUCCGACAUCCCUGUCUAUUGUUAAAGACAGAAACCUAACUGAGAAUCAAGAGGCUGAAGAUGAUGCCUUUGACCCUCCAAUAGAUCUGUCUUCGGAUGAAGAGUAUUAUGUUGAAGAAAGCAGAUCUGCCAGACUUAGAAAGUCAGGCAAGGAGCGCAUUGAUAAUAUCAAAAAGGCAUUUUCCAAAGAAAACAUGCAGAAGACACGGCAGAAUUUUGACAAGAAAGUGAACAGAAUUAGAACUAGAAUAGUGACCCCGGAGAGGAGAGAAAGGCUAAGGCAGUCGGGAGAAAGGUUAAGGCAGUCGGGAGAGAGGCUGAAACAGUCAGGGGAAAGGUUUAAGAAAUCCAUUUCUAACGCAGCUCCCUCAAAGGAAGCUUUUAAGAUGCGUAGCCUUCGGAAAGCUAAAGACCAAACUGUGGCUGAAGAUGCAGAAGAGGUCAGGGAGAUGGGUGUGGACAUCAUUGCCAGGAGCGAGUCUCUGGGCCCCAUCACUGAGCUCUACACUGAUGAGCUCAGUGAAACAGACCGUGAGGAGGCCAGGGCUGUAUAUCCUCCCACAGAAGGAGGGGAAAUCUCAACCCCCGAGGCUUUAAAAGUUACUUUUAAACCCCAGGUGAAAGUGGAAGAUGAUGAAUCUCUUUUGUUAGAUUUAAAGCAGUAAUCAUGAAGAAGAACUAAGUAUAUUAUAGGUAUAAAAGUCUUUAAUCACAAGGUUCUAGUUUAAUAGCAUAGUCACUUACAUUGAUAGUAUAGUCAUUUAAAUUUAUAAAAUAGUGAAGUCAUUUACAUUUAUUUAUGGGAAAACAUGAGUGAUAUAGCUGGAUUCAUUUCUGAUGUUUAAAAUCUUAAAAAUAACACGAGUAUUGUAUACAUUUCCUUAUAACUUCCUUGGGAAUUCUUUUUUUCUCCCCUGGGCUAACAACUUUCCCUUUUAUGUCAUUCUCCUGGCAGCUGUGGAUUUUUAAGUUCCUUUCUAUUGCCCAGCAGAAAAGUAGUCUCCUAGUGAGGGCCAAUUAGGUAUUUGGUGUCUAAAACAAAUGAAGGUAAAUUUCUGGCCAUCAUUUGCAAGUAAACUCUCAGUUUUGGCCUAGAUUGAUGUUGUGGCCAAGCUCCAAGGGGAAUAACCCAUGUGUGGAUUAUAUCAUCCAUAUGUUCAAAUAGAGUCAUUAGUAAAUUAGUAGUCCUACCUCUUUUUGAUGUUUUUGCAUAAAAAAUGAAGUUCUGGACUUGAGCAUUUGGUUCUGGCAUCUUAGCUUUGCUUACAGCAAGUUAUUUGGCAAGUCAUUAGUAAAAUGGAGAGAGUUUGUCUAUCCUAUCUCAGAGGACUGUUGUGUGAAGAUCAGAGGAAAUGUGACACAUUCUGGGGGAACAGGGAGCACAUCCAUAGAAAACAAACCCCACUGGUUCCUUAGGAAUAGAAUUGAAAUAAUUACACCUUAUGAAAAAGACUUGAGCUCUAAGCAUUGAGGACCUAGGUUGGACGGAAGCUAAAGUUGGUCUUCAGAAGCCUUUUCACAGAAUCAGGAAUGAAAAAUAAAUGUUUGAGUGACAUCUUUUCGUCAAAGACUAAAAUCAGACCUUGGGUUUCAGUAGGGUCUUAAAAUG